UGAAUGACGUCUCUGCAUUUGCGGGCCGCCGACGCAGGGCUGGGUUUCCAUUUUCAGAGCGAGUUUCGGGGGGGAUCGUCAACAUGGAGCCGGAGAUGGAGGACAAAACGUUGGAACUGAUGAACACGUCAGGGAUGGAGUCACAGAACCUCGUGGACGACCUGUCGCCAAAGAAGAACACAGUUCUCAAGCUUAGUAAUGGUCCUGUUGUGGGGUCCCGCAAGCGUCCGUCAGAGGGAAACUACGAGAAGGAGAAGGAACACUGCAUCGCCCUGUUUGACCAGUGGUCGGAGGCCGACCAGGUGGAGUUUGUUGAGCGCCUGAUCUCCCGUAUGUGCCACUACCAGCACGGCCACAUCAACUCCUACCUCAAACCAAUGCUGCAGAGGGACUUCAUCACUGCGCUGCCAGCCCAAGGCUUGGAUCACAUAGCGGAGAACAUCCUGUCUUUUCUGGAUGCACGCUCGCUGUGCUCGGCAGAGCUGGUGUGUAAGGAGUGGCAAAGGGUCAUUUCUGAGGGUAUGCUGUGGAAGAAGCUCAUCGAACGCAUGGUCCGCACUGACCCACUCUGGAAAGGCCUGUCUGAGAGACACCAGUGGGAGAAAUAUCUGUUCAAGAACCGUACGUCAGAAGUCCCACCCAACUCCUAUUAUCACUCCCUUUAUCCCAAGAUCAUCCAAGAUAUAGAGACUAUUGAGGCAAAUUGGCGAUGUGGCAGACACAACUUGCAGAGGAUUCAGUGUCGCUCAGAAAAUAGUAAAGGGGUUUACUGUCUCCAGUACGACGAUGACAAGAUCAUCAGUGGCCUUAGAGACAAUUCCAUCAAGAUCUGGGAUAAGCAGUCUCUGGAGUGUCUGAAGAUACUGACCGGUCACACAGGCUCAGUGUUGUGUCUGCAGUAUGAUGAGAGGGUCAUCGUCACCGGGUCUUCUGACUCAACUGUCAGGGUGUGGGAGGUGACAACGGGUGAGGUACUGAACACACUGAUCCACCACAAUGAGGCAGUUCUUCACCUGCGCUUUGCCAACGGCUUGAUGGUCACCUGCUCUAAGGACCGCUCAAUCGCCGUCUGGGACAUGGCUUCUCCUACGGACAUCAGCCUACGUCGUGUCCUUGUGGGACACCGGGCGGCUGUCAAUGUGGUCGAUUUUGACGACAAAUACAUUGUGUCCGCCUCAGGGGACCGCACCAUCAAGGUGUGGAGCACCAGCACCUGUGAGUUUGUGCGCACUCUAAAUGGUCAUAAGAGGGGCAUUGCCUGUCUACAGUACAGAGACCGUCUGGUGGUCAGUGGCUCAUCUGACAACACAAUUCGGUUAUGGGACAUAGAGUGCGGGGCAUGUUUGCGAGUUCUGGAAGGUCACGAGGAGCUGGUGCGUUGCAUUCGCUUUGACAACAAAAGGAUUGUCAGUGGCGCCUACGACGGGAAGAUCAAGGUGUGGGACCUGCAGGCAGCCCUGGACCCACGAGCCCCUGCCAGCACAUUAUGUCUGCGCACUCUAGUGGAGCACUCUGGCCGCGUGUUCCGUCUCCAGUUUGAUGAGUUUCAGAUCAUCAGCAGUUCUCACGACGACACCAUUCUGAUCUGGGACUUCCUGAACGUCUCGACCAACGGCCAGUCAGAGGGACGGUCUCCCUCCCGCACCUACACUUACAUUUCUAGAUAGCAGGUGGCGCCAUCCAUCUAAUCCUUUCUUGGAGGAGCCCAGGGCUGAUUGGCUGAUGGGUGCGUCCAUCAUGGAAAGGAGCCCGUCUCUUCUCCUUCCUCCUCGUCAUCUCUCUGUCCACCUCCCGCCCAGCCACCUCCGCCUCACCGCCCGUUCUGACAGACUCUUGAGCUUGGGGCCCAUUGCCUGCCAGUCCCGUGACAUGCACACACAGACACACAUACACACAGAUCAACACUGAUGAGGAUUCCCUACUACAGAACCAAUGCAACUCUCCCGAGAAGUUCACCUUCUACUACUAAUUUAUGUUUUGUAAAGUACACUAAUGACAGUAUUAACUUAGACCUUAUAUAAGUCACAGGCUCCCUUUUUGUCGCCUUGAUACAAAGUUAAAGCAGCUCCUGCUCCUCAGUUUUCAACGCCUGCCAAAACAGGUUUCCACAGAUAUGGAAUCGCUUAUAGAUAUAUAUAUAUAUUUAUAUAUAUUGCACACACACACACACACACACACACACACACACACACACACAGUGACACAUUUGGACAGAGGAUGACCGGAGCUGUGAUGCGGGAGACAGAGACUCUUUACUCAGCUCUAGGAAAGGAGGGAAGGACGGGAGAUGGAGGGAGUGAACGAGGGAGAAAUGCGUCGGGGAUGACUUCCCUGCUCCCUCUCACUCCCUCACACUCCUCCCUGUCUCUCGCUCUCUCUCCACCCCCCCCCCCCCCCCUACCCCCCAGAGAUGCACACUCACUUGGAAUAUGGGGGCGCACACACUCAAGUUUGCUCGAGUGUGUGUUUGUGUAUGUGGACUUGUGAAACGGCAGAGCAGAAGCGUCAAACAGACAGACAUGCAUGUGAGGUUGCCUUGGAUACAGCAUCCCGGUACACCUCUGCUUUUUUUUCUCUUUAACUCUUACUUUCUUACUGUUUUUUAUUACUGUUAUUUUCUCAUUUUAUUUGAGUAUUUUGGUUCUUAGUACAAAAAUCAUACUAAGCGUAGUCCUCUUUCUACCCCCCUCUCUCUCUCUAUCUCUUAUUGUCUUUUCCUCAUUCUUUCUUCUAACUUCAACCCUUGUUCAUCUGUCCCUUUCACUCCAUCUUUCUCUCCCCCAUCAUCUACGUGCUUGCUUUGGUUAUGAGAGAAGCUGGAACUCAAGAGCUCAAAUUUAGCUGUAAACGGAGUUGUCUUGUCAAAAAUUGUGUUGUAUAUUAAAAAUGAUUUUUUAAAGAAGAUGACCUUAUUGUGAAUAAAGUACUUGACAGUGGUGGAGUGUUGAGCCAACUGUAACAUGAA